GAACACACCGAAGUCGCACUUUUCUUCUUACACGAUAACCACGACUGCCUCGUAAUUCUUGCUUUAAAACACAGCCUUUUACAUUAAUUUUCAUCCAUACGACCACGUUAGACGAUGGGUAGGAUCUUCCUUGAUCAUCCUGGAGGAACUAGGCUCUAUUCUUGCGCUAAUUGUGAUACAGUCUUGACGAAUCGCUCGGAGCUCAUUUCUAUGAGAUUUACGGGAUCCACUGGAAGAGCAUUCUUGUUUCACAAAGUUGUCAACCUAACUCUGAGUGAAGUCCAGGACAGAGUAAUGCUUACUGGACGACACAUGGUUAGAGAUGUUUCUUGCAAGAAUUGUGACACUAAGUUAGGUUGGAUGUAUGAAUUUGCUACAGAAGAAAACCAGAGAUACAAGGAAGGUCGUGUCAUCUUGGAAAGGGCUUUGGUGACAGAGAGCGAGGGAAUAGAAGAAAUUGGUGAUUAAAGACUGUACAUAGAGGCAAGAUAAAUCAUUAUUGUAUCCUUAUYGGAUAACAACCAAUAUUAUGCAUGCAUAUAUCAAGAGGUGUAACUUUAUAUAAAUAUAUAUAAUUAUAAGCAAUUCUUUCUGCUGAUAGAACAAUCAUARUAUUAUAACCUUGAAGUAUUCUUGUCCCCUCAGAGCCUGUGUUUCUUUUGAUCUCUGACAAGAAACAAGGUCUUUGAAGCAUCACAAACAAUAAUUGAACAUAAUUAUUGUGCUUGAAUUGCCUUCCAUUUGUCCAAAUGAAGCACUUUUGUCUGGUAGCAAAAAUGCCAAUUAAUGUUUUAAUUAAUGUUUUAUGUUUAAGUUCUUGCUGCAAGAAAAACGUUGUAUAUAAAAUGCUUGCUUCCAAUUAAGCUUAAAUUAACAAACAUGCACCUUGCCAUUAGCAAAGAAAUAUUGGUAUCCAUAAUAUUCCUAGGAGAAAUUACCUUGAAUUGCAAUAGUUUUCUUCUUCUGUUAUUAGUUAUAAUGUCGUAAAUUUGAAUUUAUUUUUUGUAACUGCAAUUCUUGUAGUUUGUUGGAGUUAGGUUGSACAAACACUAUCAACUAACCUACCAGAUACACUACUAGAUUAACAUUAUUUCCCAGGACUAUCUCAAAUCUUGUAUCCUUUACUAAACAAGAUUGCACGAAUGUAUUUUAUUACUUUCCUGUCCUAUCCACUUCACUGCACAUUAGGUAUYGUAAAUAAGAAAUUGUAAAUAUUUAAAUAAUUAUAUUAAUGUAAUCCUCAGGUUUGCGAUGACCUGUUGGCAUUUUUUAAAUAAAAUUUCUUGAAAAAUUCAAAAUUCAGAGGGGAAGUAAGUAUCUAUUUUGUAAGUUGUUGCAGUAGCCCCCUUCACAGUUCCUUGCACUAUCUUGAAUGGCAUCAAAGUGAGAAUAUAGGUAACCUUUGAUAGAAACAUGUGAAUGACUGUCCAAGGUGUUAAAAAAGGUCUUUAUCAUAUAUCAAUGCAAGGUCACUGUCAUUCUCCCUUUGAUGCACAGGUAUGGUURCCUUUAAAGAUGGCACAGGGAACUGUGAAGGGGACUAUUAGCUCAAAAUAAAAUAUUAACUCUUAAUGAAUAACUUGUAGUUGUCUGUGGUCAAUAUUAAAUUAAAGUUGAUACAGGAAAUCAACUUCAUCAAGUCAUUGGCCAAGCCACAACAGAUGGUCAAACAUCCUUUUUACAGGUAUUACAGGUAUUUUAGAAACUUGGCCAUCAUUUUCUUUUCAGGCAUUGAUAAAUUGUCAUUAUCUGGUGUUUAGGCAAGAAAAAAACCAUCACCAUCAAACCAAAUUAUAGAGAAUAAACACUGACAUUUCAGACCUCAGUCCUUAGCCAGAGGACUUUUUUGACUCAAAACGAUGAGAUCCAAACUAGUUACAUGUGUAAUGUCAUUAUCAUCAAAUUGAUAAUUUAUCUAGAAAAUAACAGCACUAUUAUACCCCCCAAAAUGUUCUUAAAGUAUUAUCUCAGYGUUUUAACUUAAUUUAUAGAUUUAAGAUCUUCAACAUGCAGAGGUUUUAUUCCAAUUUUUAUUUGGUUUUGUUCUGUAAAUCAAUACAGUUUUCAACCAUUAAUGAUUAACAUCAAUACGAUUUCUGUAUUAACAUUGAAGAUGGUUUACAUUAACAUUUAGUACUGGUAAACAAAGAGUCCUACAUCAAAGUAAUGACCUACACAUAGGUUUUCAAGGUUAUAGUUAAAGUCUAGGAUACUAACAAGAAAGUUCCUAUAGUUAAUUCACUGAAGGAACAAAAUCAUUUAAAAUUAGAAAUACAACUAUGUCACUAAUAUUAGAGAUUAUUAAUCAAAGUAAUAAAUUAAAGUCAACUCUCAAA